UUAACGAUACGUUUGUCACGUGAUGAAUGAAUUUUUGACGUACAUAUGUGGACAGAGGACUUUUUGAAGUUAGAGUUGCUCUCCCUUGAGCCCAAAGCAAGUGUUUAUUUUCUCUUGUGCUCACGCAGCUUACUGAGUCUGAAAAACUAAUUCUUGUUCCUCCUAAAUAGCCAUACAGCACCUGGUUUGUCAACAAUUUUGUUAGUGGUAGUAAUAGUUUAUAUUCUUGGCACGUGCGAAAAAGUGCAACUUAACACUAUAAAAAUCAUUUCUAACCUGGGCCACAACAACUGAACCAGAUGUACAUCCGACUCCCGCAAGCUUGGGAAAUGAAUAAAAGGAAAGACACAGAUAUCGCUCUUUACACUUACGCCAGACACCCAGCAAGUUAUCAUUAAAUUAAGUGGAGACAGGAGAGUGAAAGACGCAACUCCAAAAUGAAGUUGACAUUUUCCCUUAUGUUACUGUGUGCGUGGUCUAUCUGUGUUACUCCUUACAAGAUUCAAAAGGUCUCUGGUAAUACAUGUAAGACUCGACAGGACUGCUCCAAAGAUGAAUGUUGUGCGUUCCUGAAAACGAGAGCUGUUAAAGUCUGUCAGAAGAUACGUUUACUUGGAGAGACAUGCAAUCCCCAUGAAAUUCCUGGACUCCCAGAAAUAUGUCUGUGUCAGCAAGGAUUGACUUGUACACCUGUGGUAAAUGGAAGUGCAGCUCAUCAAUGCCUGAAGAUUCCGGACAGCCCACGUGAACACGAGGAGGAACACGUUAGGCGCUACAGCUUAUCGCUUUAAGCAGCAUAUUUUCAUUUUAUGGCAAAAGCAGAUUAUUAAGUUAAAAGCUUUUCUGAGAAUUUAUUAGGGAGCUCAAGAAAACCACGACGGCAACGGCAACGGCAACGUCAUUGUGCCUUGUUUUAUAGCGUAAGCGUAUCCUUGUAAUGUAAGAUUCGCAUGGUAAAUAGUUUAAGUACAGUAGAUUAACAUAUUUUAUUAUAUGGCUUGUGUUUGUAGCCGAUAUAACGCGCGCUCUGAUUGGCCAAUUCUAGGGAAUUAUUCUCCCGUAAUGCCCACGGGUUGAUUACGGGCCCGCAAAACCAAAGCGAAAAGCCAUAUAAUAAACAACUUAUUAACCUCGAAUUAACGUUCCGUCUUUAAGGUAAAAUCUCAAACCUCAGCCUUGCCGUAUUGACCUCGCUAUCGCUCGGUCUAAACGGCAACGUCUCGGUUUGAGAUUUUCCCGUAAAGACCUCACUCUCGGUUAGUAAUUAGUAUUUUAUUGUAUUCUAACUAGAGUAAGUAUUGUGUCGUAUUGUCGUAUUGUGUGAUUUGCAAUAAAAAAAGUUUUUAUGUCACCUGCUCGUUUAUACAGUCAAUUUGUAUCGGGUAUUGACAUGACAUGUGUAGGUCACUCAAGGGUAAAGGAGGGUAGAUUGCUGCGUUCGUAUUACCGUCAUUUGCUACCUUAGACAAUACCAAGAAUCACGAGACAGUCAGGCAAUUUCAUUACAAUAGAAGGUAGGAUUGUGUAAUUGUCACACCCUAUUUAGUAAAAGUACGUGGCCUCGUUUUCCUGGAUCACAAGAGGGUAAAAGAGCGAUGCUAGCAGUGACUCGUCCUCUUAGUCUGUAACGCUAAAUCUUGAAGUCGUUCAAGCAAUCAAAGCAAGCAAGGAAACAAAGUUAAGUACUUUCUCCUUUU